GAAGAACACAAUAAGUGAAGAUGGCUCCCCAGCUUUACAUCACCAUGUACAAAGAGCAGUUUGCCUCUCCUGGCAGAGUGAAACGAGAACAACUUCGACCCACCUCUGCCCACCGCAGGAACAACCCCCAGCCCAGGCCGGACUUUCUGUUUCCCUGGAGUCUCCAGCCCAACUACAGAUCACGCCUCACACCACCACGCAACUCGCCCCCUGUGGACAUUGGCCGUCCUCUCUUUCCCCCUGUCAAACAUUUAUCAUUCCACAGUCCAGUUACAACUUGUCCGGACAACUACCUAAACACUGUGGCUACAGGCAAACCAAACCACAUGCCCCCUGUCAACCCAUCCACAGCACAAGCUCUGCCCUCUGCUGACGCCCCGCAGAAAGUACAGCUGACGGAGCCUCCUCCUGGCACUGGAUUUACGCCCCACUUGGCUUUGAAGAGGGAUUAUCAGAGGAACCUUCAUCCACUCUCAGCACAGCAACUCAGGCAACAUGCAGCUGCUCAGCUUUGGACAAGACCUCAAACCAGUAACCCUCAGCACCACUUCCUGCGCACACAAUACCGGAGGUCUUGCUCUCGUAGCAGCUGGGAUUUUAGCAGUGGGUGCUACAGCUGCUUCCACGUGGUGAAGCCCUACCAAGCUGGACACUACAUCAUACACCCAGAGUUUGUGUCCGAGUGCCUUCGUUAGGACUAUUAGAGCCCUGGCUUCCAAAGCGGGGAUCGGGGACCUGCAGAGGUCCUUGAGGGGAUCGUUAACUUCACUAUUGUUUAAUUCUCCACUAAUUAACCUAGCGAGACAAGGUGUAAGGAUGAAUAAUAUAACUGUAGGCUGCACUCUCACCACUAUUAUCUCCCUACAUACAGCUGGACACUUUUACAAUUCAGUGCUAAAUCAGCAGCUAAGAUCUUCCCAUAAGGAGCUUGUGGUGAUCAAAUCAAAUGAGGCACUGUGGCCCUAAUGUGUAUCAGUGUGUGACAUUAAAAUUUUAUCCCAUUGAUUGGUGGGUUUUGUAUGCUAAACUGAAGUAACGGUACUACAUUAAUUAUCUCCGCCAGGCAUUUGGUCUCAUGUGUGUGUGUUAGUGUUUUUGUGUGUGUGUGUAUCUGUCUGUCCACAGCUAAUCUCACAUACUACUGGACAAAUUAGCCUAAUAUUUUAUGUGCACAUGUAUGACCAUGCGCUGAUGCUCAAGGACAUCUUGUGGUUACAGUGACUGCCUGUUUUAUACUAUAACUGACUGCUGACUCCUUACUCCUCUGAAAAGGUGAAAAAAAGUGUUCCCGAAAAUGGUGCGGCUAAAAACAACAAACCAUACCAUCCGUUGCAGGCCACAUUUUGGCUUUUGUUGUAGCUCAAAAACUGACAUCCAUCGAAAAGUUUGGUCUCAUUUUGAACUGGAGCAUCUGCAGAUUAAUUCCAUACCCAAUAUGUUAUGAUCCACUAGAGCACAUCUGCAACCUGGUUUUGUUUUGUCCCACAAACUGUGUCAUACCACAGUGGGAGUGUCUCAGAAGUGUCCGAUUUUGUAGACUUGCUGAUUUUAUUGAUUUAACCAUUUUCCUUAAUAUUUGUGCUAUCAUCAUAAGUACAUAGCCUUUGUGGUUAAAUGUUUUUUUUUCUGUCCGCUUUAUUGUGUUUAUAGUUAUUUCCUACUAGUGCUGCAGCUUGCAGACAUACUACAACAAACCCGCCGUGGUACUUGCAGUGGGGCUACUGCUUCUAGAUUGUCUCAGCAAGGGGCAAAAGACCACAGGACAUGAAAGGUUAACAAGCUCAAUUUAUUUUUAUAUAAAUGUUAAAACCAAAACAGGAAAACUUAGAGGCUCCUCAGAUACUCUAAUCUCUCCACUAUAAAAAGUCAGUGUCAGUGUUCUACUGGCAGGGAAGGAGGAGGAACAGUUUAAGGCCAAGAGUCAGCUUUGUUACUUCCUCAGUUCAUUAACAACUUUUCAGACUAGUGGUGGUCCUCUUUGAGCCAACACCUUGGACAUGCCUGGCAACACUUUAGCCUUUGGGGGAGUCCAAAUUCUGCCUUCUGGCAGCGGUGUCUUGAGUGGACCCCAGCCUGCACAGAGAGAAACACAAGAGAAAUGAGACAAUUUAAUGUUCAGAUACAGUAUUCACUUAGACCUCACAGGCCUACCAUACCUGCACAGAGGAACACAAAAAAAAAAUGAGACUGCAGUUUUUACUACCCAUGUUUAACUAAACCACAGUGUGAGGAGGCACCUUGACUCACAGCCAUUGGCUCACAGCAAACAUAAAGUCCCCCCCACAGUCAGUGCCAGUGAGUCCGAAGGUGAGUUGGUGACAUGUUUACAUGCAGAUAAUAUUCUGUUUUUUACCCUUAUUCCAAAAAAAGACAAUAUUCCUACUUAACUGUUUGCAUGGCUGGUGAAAAUGAAAACUAUUGUAAACUAAUAUUUCAGUUUACACGCAGCCAUGCAAACUUUGAUUAACAUGCCCUAACAUGUUGUUUGUCAUGUCAUAAUAUGGAAAAGAGGAAUAGCUGGAGCUGCGCAUCUAUUUGCUUCUUUGCAUCAAAAUAGUACUUUUUCAAAGCUUUGUUUUUGGACAUGUUUGACUGUGUGAACACUGCCUCCCUCUUUCAUUCCUUCUUGAAAAGGUUGAUAUUGCAGUGUUUGUGAAUAUCCAAGUCAUUCAAAAUGUUGGUGUAGGUGGGAUGGUUCUUUUCCAGACCAGAAAUGUGGGCUUUUCUUUUGGGCAUGCAUCUCUACCCCAGCCUUGCAAACUGUGGGUUUGUGUACAAUGCGUUCAUGACAACGCACAGAGCUAACUGUUAGGUCGCAUGUCGCAAACUGCAGUAAAAAUCCCAUUUGAGACACAGAUUCAGAACAGAUUGUGUACAUGUCCAAAUACGAAACCUAAAUAAUAGCGGAAUGUUCUACGUCUGAAAUGGAAAUGCUAAAUUGCUGGUCACAUCCUGCUGGUUAACUCACUGGAGUACGAGUUCAAACGUUACCUACAGCAAGUUCACACACACGCCUUCCGACAGGACAGGAGGUGAGAGGAGGAAGUACAGUGGAGAGAAAAAACAAACUGCAAUGUAGAUACAAUGAGGAAAAAAAUACAACAGUAUCACUACUGAUGAAUUGUAUUUCUUCACACAGGGACCCUGAUAUUACCUUCUUUGAUCAAAUGAACCAACCAAUAGUGAUGUACAGGUCUGUGUUCAUAUGCAUGUUGUGCAUGUGGUAAUUUCAGUAACACACUUGGACACUGACACACUUUUUCACACUUUUUUUUUUUUUUUUCUAAAAAUGAUUCAGAAUAACCAAAUGGAAUAUGGUGUUUACAUGACCUGCAUUAAAUUCACAAUAUUGUCAUAUUUUGGAAUAAUAGGAGAAUAUUAGUGUGCAUGUAAAUGUACCAGUGAACAUUCAUUUUAUAAUCAUUUCAUAUCAACACCUUUCAUAUUUACUUUUAGAUCUUCCAUGUCUUCACUGUGUCCUUGUGUAUCUGCUUUGUUCUAAGCUGAACUGUAUGCACACAGUUGCACGGGUCUGCAUCAUAACAUUGUCAUGCAUGCACUCUACCUACACCCACACACUCAUACACAUCCCUGCGCAAAGACCUACACAUCAACUCACAGACAUACACAUAUUCAGACAUGCAUGUGCACAUACUGACACACAAUCUAUAUAUUCAUGCAUACAGAUUUAGACAUGUCUGAACACACACUCUCAGUUCCUCUCUAUGCCCAGCCCUUUCUUUGUUCUUGCAGAUUCACUGAUGCACCUUGUGCCCUGUUAAUCUACUCAU